AUGGCGGAAGCACAACACAACAUGUUGUCAUCUUCAGGUUAUGACGAGGAGUUUGUCAAUGAAGUUGAGGAAGAUUUAAUUUGUUUCAUCUGUAAAUUGACGUUGAGGGAACCUGUUCAAACAAGGUGCGGUCACAGAUUCUUUAAUGCAUGCCUCGAGGAACUUUUGAGAAGGUACGUCUUACUGACCGGCUUCAAGAAAACAGAUCGGAUCAACCCGAUCCAGGUUUUGUUUAAGCCUCUUACUGACUCAAUACUAUUGAAAUAGAAUGUAAAGUAUUUUCAGCCCAACAGUAUUAAAAUAAUAACUUUCAUUCGAAAAUUUGCAACAUUAGAGUGGAGUACGAACUCCGGCGCCAUGUCUCAGUAAAAACCUUGAUAGUUUUGAGUAACGAAAAAUUAAACGUCAGUUACUGAGGCAGACCACAGUCACCUCGGCUUUCAACCUUAUUUUUAAUAGAGGAAAAAAUAAGGGAAAAAUCUAUACCGAUACGUUCUUGCUCUUUAGCACAGGCAGACCAACCCUGUUUGUGUGGCUAUUGUCGAUAUUAGACUUAUUUAAUCUGAGGAUCGAUCUGUAUUUUGUACAUGAAUAGAAGAAAUACAGAUGAACAUUACAGCCUUUUCAGUUUGGUCCAAAAUAGAAAUUUAAACGUAAGUGUUCCAAUAAAAAUUCAAAUGAAGUGUUAGCGACUCAAAAGGUAGGCACUGCGAAUCUCCAAAUUUCGGUUUUGUGGCCAUUUUUGCAUCGAAAAUAUGCCGUUUUUUGGUUUCAUCUCUUGCGGUUUGCGGUGAUCCUUUUUCUUAGCAUUCGGUUUUCGGCUUUCAACCAAUAUCAAAAAAAUAAAUAAAUAAAUGAAAAAUAAAUAAAUAAUUCGGUAUUCUCUGUGAUCUUUUAAGUGUAAAGAAAAUUCUCGAAAAAGAAGAUUGUUUUAGUCAUUUUGCGAUAUAUAUUUUUGACUGCCGGCGAGAAAGUAAAGAAAGAGAAUAAGGCAGGCAGUUUUCCAGCCGGUGUCCCUGACCUCCUCUUGUUUAAUCAAGCUUGAACUGUCGACGCAAAACCUUUUAAUUUCUCAGCUAAAAAAACACCAGUAUCUGAUCGACUUGAUUUGUCUCCAUAUCUUCGCCGAAGUAGACAUUUCUAGAACCUCACGCGUAAUUUACGAUUACUUUAAGCGUACUUUUUAAAAAUUCAUUUUCGAUGUGAUCAGUUUUAAACAUGUGAGCAGUAAUGCAAACUGGAACACUUAAUGAAUAGUUUUGGUGAAAUAUCUUCACAAACAACUUAAAAGUACCAACCAAUAAUAAAAAUAUGAAAUGAUGACUUAUUAUCUUUUUGAGCACUUACUGCUCAAACAUGCUCAUAACGAUAGAUAAUAGCCUGGGGCGUAACCAAACUGCAGGCCGCUACCUUAAGAAACAUUAUUUGUCACCAGGGGCAAAGCCACCUUCCUGGAGAGCAUGAAACGUAGCCAAGGCAAGAGCAACAAAGACAUUACAUCAUCUAAAAAGCUCAUGUACAAGUAGCUAAUUUUGAGAAAGUUAAUGCCGUCUGAACGAAAAUUUAAACCACACUGUGCAUGUUUGUAAUCAGAAUUGUUUAAAGACACUUUAGACAGACACCAAGACUUUCAUAAUAUCAGGUUGCGCAUAAUGGCUCUAAUGACAGCAAUUAAUACAUUUAUAAGUAAUUUUGCACAUCUAUUUGCUCAUUUAUUUAUUAUAAAUACCUUUUUUUAUUAUAAUUGCUUCUUUCACUGCAACAAACAGUCAACAAGUUAAGAAUCAGCCAAACACUUGCCCUGUAGAUAGAAAAGGAUUGGACCAAGGUAAGGUAAAUCAUUCAGUUUCAUUUAUCUAUUCGUUCUUUUGUCUAUUAUUUCAACCCUAGGCCUAUUCAGACCACGGCGGGGUGAUUUCAAGGCCCUCCAACUUUAAAGAUGUAUACCAUCACAACAGUUCAAGCUCUGACCGCCAAACUUAGCAACUUUUCCGAAAAUUUUCUGGAAUAUUUUAAGGUCUUCGUGACAUGUACGUCAAUUUUGACGUUACCGUGGCAACCGAGUUUUAACAGCCAUGUUUAGAAAAAUAUGCAAUUUUUUAACGUAAAAAAGCGUUUUAGUUCUAGAUUUCCUGAUUGAAAAGUCUAUUCAGCAUUAGUUUAUGGAAUUAAUUUAAUCCAAGCUUUUCAAGGGCUAACUUGAGAAACAUUUUAAUUUUAUAUUGAGCAAUUAACGGAGUUUCAUAUUACAACAAUGUUUAUUUCUCUUGGAAUUUUGCUACUGUAGAUCUAUUUUGCUUGUAAGCAUUCUUUUCUACACAAGUCAAAUUUUACAUUAUGAAUACCUCGAUUUUUCAAGUUCUGAAAGAAAAUUAAUACACUAUUUAAUUCGAGAAAGCAGAUCCAAGAUGGCGAAUGGAUCCUUCUGCUUUUAUCAAUGACGUCACCAUGACGUCACUUCAUUAUUUAUCACACAGGUUCCUUUUUAAGCGUUUCCUGCUUUAUACCUAUUUUUACAGGAAAAAAAUAUUGCUUCGGGUGACAAUAUAACGCCACAAUGCGGUCACGUUACGUCAACGUGUCAAUCAAAUUAUACCUAGAUGCUGGAAAUGAUGAGUACAGGAUUGUGUUAACUUGGAGGGUUUAUCUAGGGCAGUUUUAAAGUUACAGAUGGGAAGGCCUCCGAAAGCUAUCCCCGGUCCCAGGAAGCCCAAAAAGCCCGGUGUGAAUGGGGUUAAAGUUGGCAAGUAAAGUGAAUUUACACCCAAAAUAAAUCUAAAAGGGUUAAGUUGUCCCUAAAAAAAGAGCUUUGAAAGCCAAAGUGGUAUAAGAUUUUAACCCAUCAAAGUCUAAACCGCCCGUGUGGACAAAUGUCCCUUGUAAGACUUGUACCGCUUGUUCGGGCUUGUGACAACAUCAGUUUUAAAGGUCAUAGACAACAUCGACACUUAUGUAAGGGAAAAAGAUAGUUCAAACCAUACCGCCGAAUGAGCACCAUUCAGUCAAACAGGGGAGAGGAUAAGGCCGCCCCGCCCCCCCCAAAAGAAAAAAAUUCACAGGUUGUGUUCACAUUAAAAUUCCAGUUAAAUAGACUAAAAAUCUUGUUCCAGUACCACCCGUAUUUCCUUGAAAAUAAUUUAGAAGCAUUUCAGCACUUCAAAGCAAUGCUAUAAUAUAUUGGAAUCUUAUUCUUUAAUUUUGUUUUGUUCCGUACUUUAGGAUGUAUUUCCUAACAAUGCGACAGGAAGGAAAAUUUUGUCUCUGGUGAUCAAAUGCCCACGUGAGGGUUGUUCGUGGACUGGUGAGAUAAGGGACAAAGAAGUAAAAACCAAAACU